AGUCUUAGAGGGGGUCUUUGCAUCUCAUAUCGAAACACAACAAAGCUAACUCUGUAAAUAGUAAAAACAAAGUUCAGAUUUUAAUCUUUUAUCUCUCAGUAUCUUGCGAUUACCAACCUAUCUUUCCUCUCCAUUGUCUACUUCCAUCUCUCUCGCGAAGCAACAUUGAACUUUUCGCCAUUACAACACCUGACAUUUUUGGUCUCUAAAGUUUGAAUUGAAGUGAUGGGGGUGAAGAAAAUAAUAGUAAAGAAAGCAUUGGGAGAAAUGGGGUUCGCUAAAGAUGGUGGAAUCAUCAACUGGUUCCCAGGCCACAUGGCUGCCGCUACUCGAGCCAUUAAAAACCGUCUCAAAGUCUCCGACCUCGUCAUUGAAGUCCGCGAUGCUCGGAUUCCUUUGUCUUCGGCCCACCCAGAUUUACAGCCUCAGCUCUCUGCCAAACGCCGUGUCAUUGCUCUCAACAAGAAAGACUUAGCCAAUCCCAAUAUUUUGAAUAAAUGGGUACGCUAUUUUGAUUUGUGCAAGCAAGAUUGCAUUGCAAUUAACGCUCAUAGUAGGAGUUCUGUUAAAAAGCUUCUUGAUCUUGUGGAGUUAAAACUGAAGGAAGUGAUUGCAAGGGAACCUACACUCCUUGUUAUGGUGGUGGGUGUUCCUAAUGUUGGGAAAUCUGCUUUAAUCAAUUCAGUCCAUCGAAUUGCUUUGUCUCGCUUUCCUGUGCAAGAGAAGACAAAGAGAGCCACAGUAGGUCCAUUGCCUGGUGUCACUCAAGAUAUUGCAGGAUUCAAGAUUGCCCAUCGGCCUAGCAUAUAUGUUUUAGACACGCCAGGUGUGUUAGUUCCAAGUAUCCCAGAUAUUGAAACAGGGUUAAAGCUAGCUCUUGCAGGGUCCGUUAAAGAUUCGGUGGUAGGUGAAGAGCGCAUCACUCAAUACUUACUGGCAAUAUUAAAUAUUCGAGGCACCCCCCUUCAUUGGAGCCACUUGAGUAAUAGAACUGAAGUGUCUCAAAACGAAUCUGAUGGCAAACAUGAGUAUAAUCUUAAAGACCUUCGUCAAAAGAGGAGAAAACCACCUGACAUUUCAGAUGUGCUCUACAUUGAGGAUCUUGUAACAGAAGUCCGGCGGUCAUUAUAUGAAACUCUGAAUGAAUUCAAAGGUAAUGUAGAAGAUGAGAAUGACUUGGAGAGUCUCAUAGAACAGCAGUUCGAAGUACUACAGAAGGCCUUGAAGAUACCUCAUAAAGCAUCUGAAGCUCGGUUGAUGGUAUCAAAAAAGUUCCUUACUUUAUUUAGGACUGGUAAACUAGGUCCUUUCAUUCUCGAUGAUGUUCCUGAUUCUAACUCUAGCUUGUGAUAUCCUUCCAGGAAGUUAACAUAGCCCCCUUCCUCUUUCAGUCGAAUGUUCUUAGGGUGUGUUUCGUUCAGGGAAUGUUAGAUUAUAGGGAAUGUUAGAUUAUUAAAAUCUUAUAUUACCUUGAAGAUUACUGGGAAUCUUUAGAAAAAUGUAUUUGGUUAGUU